GGACCUCAGGCCCCUCCCAGUCCUCUGGGGCCACCUGGCCCUGGAAGAGGAAGAAGCGGCCGGGCUCCGGUGGGUGGAGUGCCAGACCGAGAGAGAGAGAGAGAGACCGAGAGAGAAGAGAGAGGGAGGGGAGCCCGAGAGAUCUGAGCCAACCGCCUCGCUCACCAUGUGCACCGGCAAGUGUUCCCGCCUGGUGGGCCUCGUCCUGGUGGCCGCGGCCCUGGCCUGCAUCACCGCCAACAUCCUCCUCUUCUUCCCCAACGGCGAGGGGAAAUGGACGCCGGGUCACAUCACCACGCAGGCCUGGCUCAUGGGGGGCGUCAUCGGCGGAGGGCUGAUGGUCCUCUGCAGCGGCUCCUCCACCGUGAAGGCCGGCGGGAAGGGGUGUUGCGGCUACGGAUGCUGUGGGAACCGCU